UAAGCAGAAAGACUUGUUCGGAGUGAUUUGGAUUUUCACUGUCUUACGGUAGAUUGCCGAUUCCGUACAAGCCAUCAGUGCUAAUUCUGUGUCGACCUUCAAAACCAAGACCCCAAACUAGUUUGUUUUUUAAGGUUGUUUAAAGGAACUGCAAAGAAGACUGAAGAUGAGAAUGAUGGAGUUAUUGAACCAAAGCAGUUUCUGGUAACAUGACUGGAACAUGUUGUGAAGUGGGUAUUGCCAAAUAAUUUACUGAGUAGCAAAUAGAGAUUACCUACAAUGAAGGUUGACAGAAGCAAGUUAAAGAAAACUCCUACGGAAGCUCCGGCUGACUGCAGGAUACUUAUAGAGAAGCUCAAAGCAUGCAAUGAUGAACAACUACUGGUUGAACUGCAACACAUCAAGACCUGGAAUAUUGGCAAGUGUGAGCUCUACCAUUGGGUGGAUCUGCUGGAUCGCUUUGAUGGCAUUCUGUGUGAUGCAGGCCAAACAGUGGAGAAUAUGUCAUGGCUGCUAGUGUGUGACCGUCCAGACAAUGGACAGCUGAAAGCAUUGCUUUUGGCGGUGCUCAACUUCACAGCUCUGCUCAUUGAGUAUAGCUUCUCUAGACAUCUCUACAGCUCGAUAGAGCACUUAACCACCUUGUUAGCAUCAUGUGACAUGCAAGUGGUCUUGUCUGUGCUGAACCUACUGUAUGUGUUCAGUAAGCGCUCCAACUAUAUCACAAGACUUGGAUCUGACAAAAGGACACCUCUUCUGGCUCGUCUACAACACCUUGCUGAGAGCUGGGGAGGAAAGGAGAAUGGCUUUGGUCUAGCUGAAUGCUGCAGGGAUCUGCUUAUGACGAAGUAUCCUCCAAGUGCCACCACACUGCACUUUGAGUUUUACGCUGAGCCAAGCCCAGAGGUCAAAGUAGAUCGAAAGCAGCCAAGUAGUAACACACUACACUAUAUCCACAUCGAACAGCUUGACAAGAUUUCAGAAAGUCCCUCUGAGAUCAUGGAGUCAUUGACUGCAAUGUACAACAUCCCUAAAGACAAACAGACCCUGCUGUUCACACAUAUUCGACUGGCCCAUGGUUUUUCAAAUCACAAGAAAAGGUUGCAAGCUGUGCAGGCCCGACUACAUGCCAUCUCUAUCCUGGUUUACUCAAAUGCACUCCAAGAAUCAGCCAACAGUAUUCUCUAUAAUGGCUUGAUAGAGGAGCUGGUGGAUGUCUUACAGAUAACAGACAAGCAGCUCGUGGAUAUCAAGGCAGCAUCUUUGCGCACUUUAACUUCAAUUGUCCAUCUGGAGAGGACACCCAAGCUUUCCAACAUCAUCGAUUGCACUGGGACAGCGUCCUAUCAUGGUUUCUUGCCUGUGUUGGUGCGCAACUGUAUUCAAGCUAUGAUUGAUCCACUGAUGGAACCCUAUCCACAUCAGUUUGCCACAGCACUGUUCUCAUUUCUGUAUCACCUCGCUAGCUAUGAUGCUGGGGGAGAAGCUCUCGUCUCCUGUGGCAUGAUGGAAGCUCUUUUGAAGGUGAUCAAGUUCUUGGGUGAUGAGCAGGACCAGAUCACCUUUGUGACGCGAGCAGUGCGCGUCGUGGACCUCAUAACCAACCUGGACAUGGCUGCCUUUCAGUCCCACAGCGGCCUUUCAAUUUUCAUUUGCAGACUAGAGCAUGAAGUGGACCUGUCGCGGAAAGAGUGCCCUUUUGUCAUCAAGCCAAAGAUCCAGAGGCCGAGUACAACUGGGGAGUCUGAGGACAUGGACACAGACAUGGAAAUGUCAGAAGUUGCCAUGGAGAGUAGCCCCGGGCCAUCCACCUUUUCAGGAUCCAGACAAGAAUCAGACCACCGAGCACAGAGCAGCUCAUCUAAUACACCUCGUGCAGGUAUGCAGUGUAUCCCCCAGAGGGCUGCUCUGUUGAAGUCGAUGCUAAAUUUCUUGAAGAAAGCCAUCCAGGACCCUGCCUUUUCUGAUGGCAUUAGACAUGUAAUGGACGGGUCUUUGCCUACCUCACUCAAGCACAUCAUCAGUAAUGCGGAAUAUUAUGGCCCUUCACUGUUCCUCUUGGCGACUGAGGUGGUGACAGUUUUUGUGUUCCAGGAGCCAUCCCUGCUCUCCUCCUUGCAGGAUAAUGGUCUCACUGACGUCAUGCUCCAUGCACUUCUUAUCAAAGAUGUUCCAGCUACCCGUGAGGUGUUGGGUUCUCUUCCCAAUGUCUUCAGUGCCCUCUGCCUGAAUGCCAGGGGCCUACACUCUUUUGUUCAGUGCCAGCCGUUUGAGCGCCUCUUCAAAGUGCUUUUGUCCCCUGACUAUCUGCCUGCCAUGCGACGGCGUCGUAGUUCUGAUCCUUUGGGUGACACUGCAUCCAACCUGGGCAGUGCUGUAGAUGAGCUCAUGAGGCACCAACCCACUUUGAAGACAGAUGCUACUACGGCUAUCAUUAAGUUACUGGAAGAGAUCUGCAACUUGGGCCGCGCUCCAGAAUACAUCUGCCAGAAACCAUCUAUCCAGAAAGCAGAUGGCACUGUGGCAGUGCCACCAGCACGCUCCAGCCAUGCUGCUGAAGAAGCUUCAAGUGAAGAUGAAGAGGAAGAGGAGGCCCUCCACACUUUCAGCCAGCAGCAGGGGGAACCAGAGAGCAACAGACAGUCAGUGCCAGUUGAACUGGUGGUAGGCACUGAAGAACGAAUACCCAUUCCUCUAAUGGAUUACAUUCUUAACGUGAUGAAGUUUGUAGAAUCCAUCCUAAGCAACAACACCACGGAUGACCAUUGUCAAGAGUUUGUCAACCAGAAGGGGCUGCUGCCUUUGGUGUCUAUUCUGGGCCUGCCCAACUUGCCCAUCGAUUUCCCAACCUCGGCAGCCUGCCAAGCUGUGGCUGGUGUCUGCAAGUCCAUUUUGACACUCUCACAUGAGCCUAAGGUACUUCAGGAAGGCCUGUGCCAACUGGACAGUAUUCUGACGUCACUGGAGCCACUCCAUCGACCAAUUGAGGUGCCGGGCGGCUCUGUGCUCCUCAGAGAACUGGCUAAUGCGGGCCAUGUCACUGAUGCCACGUUGUCAGCUCGUGCAACACCACUGUUGCAUGCUCUUACCGCUGCCCAUGCCUACAUCCUUAUGUUUGUCCAUACUUGCAGAGUCGGACAGAGUGAGAUCAGAGCUAUCUCUGUAAACCAAUGGGGAUCCCAGCUCGGGUUGAGUGUCCUGAACAAGCUCAGUCAACUCUACUGCUCCCUGGUAUGGGAGAGCACCGUGCUGCUGUCUCUUUGCACUCCCAACAGUCUGCCUCCAGGAUGUGAGUUUGGCCAAGCUGACAUGCAGAAACUGGUUCCCAAAGAGGAGAAGCCAUCUGGCAGUACAACAACAACAGCAGCAGCAGGAACAUCUGGCUUAAGGAGGACUGCAGAAACCGAACCUGUGUCUGCGGAUUCAUCUGCUGGUGGCCUGUUGGAAGGCAUGGGUCUAGACGGGGACACAUUGGCUCCAAUGGAGACAGACGAACCCUCUACAUCAGACCCUAAAGCGAAGUCCAAACUUACCCCAGCCAUGGCUACUCGCAUCAAACAGAUCAAACCCCUACUCUCUGCUUCAUCUAGGUUAGGUAGGGCACUAGCUGAGCUCUUUGGCUUGCUGGUAAAAUUGUGUGUAGGCUCUCCAGUGCGCCAACGUCGCUCCCACCAUGCUACAAGCACUGGAACCACCCCCACACCUGCUGCCCGAGCAACUGCCUCUGCCCUCACCAAGCUUCUCACCAAGGGUCUAAGUUGGCAACCCCCACCUUACACACCCACACCUCGUUUUAGGCUGACCUUCUUCAUCUGCUCAGUGGGUUUCACAUCUCCCAUGCUCUUUGAUGAGAGGAAGUAUCCCUACCACCUGAUGCUGCAAAAGUUCUUUUGCUCUGGAGGACAUGAUGCCUUAUUUGAGACAUUUAACUGGGCUCUAUCAAUGGGUGGCAAAGUACCUGUGUCUGAGGGGCUGGAACACACUGAUCUACCAGAUGGAACAGGGGAGUUCUUGGACGCUUGGUUAAUGCUGGUGGAGAAGAUGGUCAAUCCUAGCACCGUGCUGGACUCCCCCCACUCCCUGCCUGCUAAAAUGCCAGGGGUUACACCCACCAUGCCCCAGUUCAGUGCUCUUCGAUUCCUUAUUGUCACCCAGAAGGCUGCAUUUAACUGCAUCCGCAGUCUGUGGAAUAGAAAGCCACUGAAAGUGUAUGGAGGCAGGAUGGCUGAAUCCAUGCUGGCCAUCCUCUGCCACAUACUAAGAGGGGAGCCCGUUAUCCAGGAACGCCUGUCAAAGGAGAGAGAGGGAACGUUGCGCCCAGAUGAUGAAGUUGCCACCACUGGAACACUGGCAACAACAACUGCGGCCCCAGCAGCAUCUUCAACUGCUGGAGAGGCCGCACCAGUGAGUGCACCAGCUGCUGGUGCGCCAGCACCAGUACCAGCUGAGGAUUCUACAAAUUCUACACCUCGCCGUGAUCCCCAGGUUAACCAGGCGCAACUCACACAGGAAAGAUGCAGAGAGAGAGAGAGUCGCCAGCAGCAGCUGCAGCAGUUGAUGGACAUGGGUUUCUCAAGAGAACAUGCCAUGGAGGCCCUUCUGAACACCAGCACCAUGGAGCAGGCCACAGAGUACUUACUCACACAUCCACCUCCCCUUCUUGGUGGAGCUGUACGGGACUUAACCAUGUCGGAGGAGGACCAGAUGAUGAGAGCAAUUGCCAUGUCCCUUGGGCAAGAGGUCAGCAUGGAGCAGCGCUCUGACUCUCCAGAGGAAGCAGCACGUCGUCGCGAGGAGGAUGACAGGAGAGCCAGGGAGCGGGCAGAAGAAGAGGAAGCACGCUGUUUGGAGCGCUUCAUGGAAGCUGAGCCUCUGGACCCCCAAGAGCUACAUACUUUCACUGAUUCUAUGCUGCCUGGCUGCUUUCAUCUUUUAGAUGAACUCCCUGACACAGUCUAUCGACUCUGCGACCUGCUGAUGACUGCCAUCAAGAGAAGUGGCCCAGAGUAUAGGGACCUAAUCCUUGGCCAAGUUGUCCACCAGGUAUGGGAGGCAGCAGAUGUGUUGAUCAAGGCCGCCGAGCCACUUACUACCAGUGACACAAAGACUGUGUCUGAGUGGACCAGGCAGAUGGCAACGCUGCCACAGGCCUCCAAGCUGGCAACACGAAUUCUGCUGCUCACGUUGCUCUUUGAGGAGCUGAAACUACUGGGUGCCAGAGUGGUGGAGAGCAGUGGAAUUCUCGACUUGUUGAUUAAGCUUCUUGAAGUUGUGCAGCCUUGUCUGCAAGCAGCUAAAGAGCAUAAAGACAUCCAGACUCCAAAAUGGAUCACACCAGUGCUGUUGAUCAUUGACUUCUAUGAAAAAAUGGCAGUCUCGUCAAAGCGAAGGGAACAAAUGAACAAGUAUCUGCAACCCAAUGGCAACAACUGGCGAUGGUUUGAUGACCGCUCAGGCCGUUGGUGCAGUUACAGUGCAUCCAACAACAGCACCAUUGACUCAGCAUGGAGGGCUGGGGAAAGCAGUGUCCGCUUCACAGCUGGGCGGAGGAGAUACACUGUGUUGUUUAACACUAUGGUGCAGGUAAAUGAAGAGACGGGUAAUCGGAGGCCAGUGAUGUUGACUGUCCAGAAAGUUCCUCGCAUUCCCAAGUCAUCAAAGACCACCAGUGUCCCAGACUCUGAGAAAGAGGAGGGAGAUAGGAGCAAAGUGGAAGAGAGCCAGACGGACCUAGACUCAGGGGCAACAGUGGAGAUAAAGGCUCUUAAGGCUGAUUCGAGCCAACUGAAGGAGACCACGUCUGGCGCCCCAUCUUUGGAGUCUGACCUAUCUCAGGGAUCUGACAUCGUUGUCAAAGGCCUGACUGAUGACAUGACCACCGUUCUCAUUCGGGCCUGUGUCAGUAUGAUUAGUGUUCCUGUGGACCCUGACACCCUUCAUGCUACAUUGCGUCUCUGUUUACGCCUUACACGCAACCACCACUACGCAAUGAUGUUUGCUGAGUUGAAGAGUACACGAAUGAUUCUGGGGCUGACGCAGAGCUCUGGUUUCAAUGGGUUCAACCCGCUUGUUACACUGCUGUUUAGACACAUCAUAGAAGAUCCAGCCACACUCCGACACACCAUGGAGAAGGUGGUGAGAUCAGCUGUGACCAGUGGAGCAGGUAGCACCACCUCAGGAGUGGUGUCAGGCAGCCUUGGUUCGAGAGAAAUCAAUUACAUCCUCCGUGUGCUGGGGCCUGCAGCUUGUCGUAACCCAGAAUGCUUCAUUGAAACGGCGAGCAAUUGUAUUCGCAUUGCACUGCCUGCACCCCGUGGAGCUGGCACAACCUCUGAUGAUGAGUUUGAGAACCUUCGAAUUAAGGGGCCCAAUGCUGUACAGCUAGUGAAGACCACUCCUUUGAAACUGUCUCCCUUACCACCGAUCCCUGACACCAUCAAAGAGGUCAUCUAUGACAUGCUCAAUGCCUUGGCUGCCUAUCAUGCUCCUGAAGAACCUGAACGCACAGAAGAACGUGCUGCAGCUGUACCUGGUGGCCAAGAACUAUGCCAGAUUUUGCAGGAUGUUGGCGACGAUGUUUACCAGCAAUACAGACUCACCCGGCAGGGAAGUGACUUUGACUCCCAGUCAGCUUUCCAUAUCAAUCCUCAAGUGUUUGCUGCAGAUGGAGGUGUGGCUGAGUCCUCCCAGUCUGGCACACCACAAGGAGAAGCCUCCACACCAGAAGAAAUGCGAGAGGAGAAGAAAGAACAAGAGGGAGAGAAGGGUACAAGUUCAGAUGAGAGUAAAGCAGCUAAAGUAAAGGCAAGCAAGCCUUUAAUGCCCACGUCAACCAUCUUGAGACUGCUGGCUGAACUGGUACGCUCCUAUGUGGGCAUCGCCACGCUAAUCACCUCUUACUGCUACACUGCUGGACAGUCAGAGCUUAUAAAGGAGGACUGCAGUGUUCUAGCCUUUGUGCUCGACCACUUACUUCCUCACACACAAAAUUCAGAAGACAAGGACACCCCGGCUUUGGCACGUCUCUUCCUAGCCAGCCUGGCAGCUGCUGGAACAGGCACUGAUGCCCAGGUGGCACUCGUGAAUGAGGUAAAGGCUGCCCUUAGUCGAGCGCUAGCAAUGGCUGAAGGAGCAGAAAAACAUGCCAGGCUCCAAGCAGUGAUGUGCAUUAUCAGCACCAUCAUGGAAUCCUGUCCCUCCACAUCAAGCUUCUAUAGCACAGCAACAGCCAAGACGCAACAUAAUGGAAUGAACAACAUAAUAAGGCUCUUUCUAAAAAAAGGAUUGGUCAAUGACUUGGCUCGUGUGCCUCACAGCUUGGAUUUGUCCAGUCCCAACAUGGCCAACACAGUGAAUGCUGCAUUGAAACCUCUGGAGACUCUGUCACGCAUUGUGAACCAGCCCAGCAGUCUAUUUGGGGGCAAAGGAAGUUCCAGUAAGAGUAAGACAGAACAUGACGCUGUGGGCCCUGCCAGGGACAGCAACAGCAACACGCAGGACCAAGGUGAGUCAGGUGAGGCAGAGCCAGUGGAUGGCAGCCACAGGGUUCAAGGAACUGACAAUGACUUGAUGGAUGGAGAAGUGGAGGGAGACACUGUGGUAAUUGCUGGUCAGCCAGAAGUUCUGAGCACGCAAGCGAUGCAGGUAGAGAAUGAGUUGGUGGACCUCAUUGAUGAGCUGUUGGAGAGGGAUGCUGGUACUGUCAACAGCACAAUUAUAGUUGGACGUAGUGGUGAGGAUGAAUCGCAAGAGGAUGUCUUGAUGGAUGAGGCCCCAUCCAAUAUUAGUCAGACAUCCACUCUUCAGGCCAACCGCGAAGACUCAAUGAAUAUUCUCGAGCCAGAAGAUGAGGAGCACACACAAGAAGAAGACUCUAGUGGCAGCAAUGAUGAUGAAGACAGCCAGGAUGAAGAGGAGGAGGAAGAGGAGGAGGAGGAGGAGGAUCAGGAUGAUGAAGAAGGAGAUGAGGACGAUGAUGAUGAAGGAUCAGAGAUGGAGCUGGAUGAAGAUUUCCCAGACAUCAAUGCUGCACCACACAUUCGAUUUGAGCGGUUUGACAGGGACGAUGACCUCAUCAUAGAGUUUGACAACAUGUUCUCCAAUAAUGCUGACAUCCCACCCUCUCCAGGCAACAUCCCCAGCUCCCACCCACUGAUGGUGCGCCAUGGUGAUCACAGUUCCCUCACUUUAGGUGUGGCAGGCACUAGCAGCCGCUUGGCUCAGGGCUUGGGUCGCAGUCAGCGAACAUUGCGUCAACUUACUGCCAAUAGUGGACACACAAUUCAUGUCCACUACCCUCACAAUCGCCAGCCCAACCCUCCCCUCAUUUUGCAAAGAUUGUUGGGCCCCAGCGCUGCAGCCGACAUUUUACAGCUGUCCAGCUCGCUGCCUCUGCAGUCCCGUGGUCGUGCUCGACUUUUGGUCGGUAAUGAGGACGUGCAUAUCAUUGCCCGUUCUGAUGAUGAGUUGUUGGAUGAUUUUUUCCAUGAGCAGAGCAGCACGGGAGGACAAGCAGGCACGCUCUCUAGUAUUCCCACUGCCUUAACUAGAUGGACAGACGAGUGUAAAGUGUUGGAUGCUGAGAGUAUGCACGACUGCGUAGCAGUUGUAAAGGUGCCCAUCCUGCAGCAUCUGGAGAGUCUAAGAGAUGAGGAACUGGAAGAGCGCAGAGAGAAGAGGAGGCGGCAGCUGGCUGAGGAGGAGGAGACCAAACAAAAUGAAAGGAGGGCAUCUGGAGCGGAAGCCAGAGAACAGAACCUACAGAGUUCUGGAUUGGGAGCUGUCAAUGGCACAGAGAACACAGCAGAGGGUGAGCAGGCUCAGGGUAGUACAGUGUCAUGCUUGGACCCUCCCAGAGUGUCGGAGGGAUUCCUCACUGCUCCCCCAUCUGGAGAGGCAACUCCCACCACACCUGCUCCUCAUGAGCAGGCUCUAGUCUCCCUGGAGACGGCCAUUAGUCAACAGGUCCACCAGCCAAUUGCUGACCUGCUGUUGGCUGAUGCACAUGCCAACUCACUGGCUGCGCUGGCAGGGGCUGGCCUUCCACCUUUGUCAGCAGCUGAGAGACCAAACAGUGAAGCAGAGGCAUCUCAAAUGGAAAUGUCCCCAGCACCCACUAUUGGUGAGAGAGUCGGAGGAGGUGGAGGAGGAGGAGGAGGUGGUGGAGGAGCGUUGGAUGAAGGCAGGGAAGCUUCCCUUAGUCCAGACAUUGUAGAGAAUUCUGAGCCAGCAGUUGUCGGUGUGUCACAACUGGAAGGGUCUCCCAUGGAUACCAGCAGCCCUGCCUCUGCUACUCAAGAAGAAGCUGCUCCGAACGCCGCCCAGACCACACAGCUGUCUCAGGAGCUUUCUGGAAGUAGAGAGAGUGGGCUGACUGACAGGCAAACUGAUGCAGAGACUGGUUCUACAUCUGUUUCGUCCCCUGGUGAAACAAUGCCUAGGAGUGAUAGUGCUGAUAGCCAGUCUCAGGCUAUUCAAGAGGAGCCUCUCCCAUCCACCAGCAAUGAAGAUGAGGACCCUCUUGCAGGCAUCAGUCUGCCAGAAGGUGUAGAUCCCUCCUUCCUAGCAGCCCUUCCCGAAGACAUCCGUCGAGAGGUGCUACAAAAUCAGCUUGGCAUCAGACCGCCCUCGCGCCCUCCGGUUGCCACCACCCUGCCUCCCACUACUGCACCUGUACUAGGGGGACCAGGCGUUACAGAAGUCAGCCCAGAGUUCCUGGCAGCGUUGCCACCUGCCAUCCAGGAGGAGGUUCUUGCCCAGCAGCGAGCUGAGCAGCAGCGACGGGAGCUAGCCCAACAGCCUACACAAGGAGACACACCGCUGGAUCCAGUCACCUUCAUCCAGACACUCCCCUCAGAACUUCGUCGAAGUGUCCUUGAAGACAUGGAGGAUAGUGUGUUGGCUGUUAUGCCCCCAGACAUUGCUGCUGAAGCAGCUGCGUUGCGUAGAGAGCAAGAGGCACGUCAAAGACAACUGAUGCACGAGAGGCUGUUUGGUCAUAGCUCAUCUUCAGCUCUCUCAGCCAUCUUGCGCUCGCCAGCCUUCACCAGUCGGUUAGGGAGCAACCGUGGUGUCCAGUACACACGACUGGCUGUUCAAAGAGGAGGGACAUUUCAAAUGGGUGGAGGAACAAACCAUAGACCAUCCAGUUCAAGUGUGGAUUCUUUAUUGCGCCUGCGCGGACGAUUGCUACUGGAUCACGAGGCCUUGUCCUGCCUUCUGGUUUUGCUGUUUGUGGAUGAACCAAAGCUUAACACCAGCCGUUUGCACCGUGUCCUCAGGAACCUCUGCUACCAUUCUCAAACACGUGGAUGGGUCAUUCGCAGCCUCUUGUCCAUUCUGCAGCGCAGCAGCGAAAGUGAGGUGUGUGUGGAAACAUCACGUCUAGAAGAUACCCGGAGCAAAAGGAACCCCCAGGGAGGCUGUGGAGGAAAAGGCUCAGCUGCCUCCUCACUCUCUUCUUCAUCCUCAUCUUCCUCCUUAGAAUUACUGAACAGGGUGGAGUCCCGUAGCUCCAGCCAGCUUUCUUGGCUCUCUGUCUCUAUGGAUGCAGCCUUGGGAUGCCGGACAAACAUUUUCCAGAUUCAGCGAGUAUCAGGUAGAAAGCAUGCCGACCGGCAUUCAGCUGGUAGCUCCAUGGGGUCUGGAACACUGGGGGGUGGAGUGUCCGGCACUGCUACAAGUGUCACGUGUUCUGGAGGUGGAGGCUCUACUGUUCACAUCCACCCACAAGCUGCUCCAGUGGUCUGCCGUCAUGUAUUGGACACCCUCAUCCAGCUUGCUAAGGUUUUCCCCAGCCACUUCACUCAACAGAAAUGUUUGAAAGAUUUGUUGGCUACGGCUUCAGACCUGGAUUCUCGUCUUUGUUCGGGCUCCUCAGGAGGAGGAGGUGGGGGUUCUAGGUCAGGGUCUCAGUCUCAGAGCAACCCUAAUGCCACCAACACCCAAAACUCUUUGGGAUCUUCAGCCGUAACUCCUCAGUCUCUGGGAAUCUCUACAGAUUUCUGGGACCUGCUGGUCAAGCUUGACAACAUGAAUGUCAGCCGGAAGGGUAAAGCCUCUAUGAAAACGGUGCCCCUAGGUGGCAGUGCAGAAGCUGAAGGAGCACAGUUCAGUUUAGAGACUUCCCCUCUUGGCCAACUAAUGAACAUGUUGUCCCAUCCUGUAAUCAGACGGAGUUCCUUACUCACUGAAAAGCUGUUGCGUCUGCUCUCUCUUAUAUCUAUUGCCCUGCCUGACAAUAAAGCCACAGAGGUGCCUGCUGGACACCCAAACCCGCAGACUGCCAACCCCAGCACAGCAAACUCAGGAGCCACAGCCUCAGUUGCAACACAGGCCCCAGUGUCAGUGGGCUCUCUCCAGCCCACUGUGUCAGUCCCAGUGUCUGCAGGAGCUGUGCCGCAGGGCACGCCCUCAGGGUCAAGCCUUGCAGCCUCUCAGACAUCCUCUACUACAAUCUCUAUACCCACAUCUACUGGAACAACUUCUACAGGAAAACAGAGGAUCACUACUGGAAUUACAGAGUGUGACAAGAUGGCCUCCGCUGGACUCACAGAGAAACAGCUUCAACUGUCUGUAGAGGUUUUGACGUCUCACUCGUGCUCAGAGGAGGGUCUUGAGGAUGCUGCAAACAUUCUGCUGCAACUCUCCAGAGGAGACGGGUCUACCAGAGAUACAGUUCUCAGACUGCUGCUCAGUGGAGCUAGACAUCUUGGAUACACUCUUUGCAAGCAAAUUGGCACAUUACUGGCUGAGCUCAGAGAGUACAACUUGGAGCAGCAGAGACGGGUACAAGCAGAUUCAAAUUCUCCAGAUGGGCCUCCUGACGAUUCGUCCAUAUCAGGCAGAUUGAAGGGCAAGAUGACUAGCAGGUUUGAUGGUUCUGAGAGUGUGGUGAUUGUGGCUGCUCAGAAGCGGACCCUUGGGGGACGGGAAUUGCAACUUCCCUGUAUGAGUUCACUAACAUCAAAGACGUCAACACAGAAGUUUUUCUUGCGAGUGCUGCAGGUUAUUAUUCAGCUUCGUGAGGACACACGACGUGCUAACAAAAAAGCCAAACAGACAGGUCGAUUAGGUUCCACGAGUUUAGGCUCAGCCAGCAGCAUCCAGGCGGCAGUGCGUCAGCUUGAAGCUGAGGCUGAUGCCAUCAUUCAGAUGGUGAGGGAAGGGCAGCGUGCACGUCGGCUCCAGCAGGCUCCCCCACCUGCUGCUCCCUCUGCAUCUGCCUCUGCCACCGUCGCUGCCGGAUCCUCAGUGGCUGCCGCCCAUGCUCCUACUGGUGCUGCUCCCCCUGCUGGCACGGCUGCUGCUGCCACGUCUGAGGUGCAGUCGCUACCAGAAGCCCAAGCAACGCAGAGAGACGAUUCUCCAAUGGAUGUAGACCAGCCAUCUCCUCUAGAGCAGGACCCUGCACCUCUAGAUGAAGAAGGAAAUGGGCAGUCAGAAAGUGAGGAGAGACUGCCAGACCUCCCUCUCCUCAGCGAGCAGCUGUUGUUGGAUGAACUGUGGGACAUGCUUGGGGAAUGUCUAAAAGAACUAGAAGAGUCCCAUGACCAGCAUGCUGUACUGGUGCUCCAGCCUGCUGUGGAGGCCUUCUUCCUGGUUCAUGCCACUGAGCGAGAGAGCAAACCUCCUGUGAGAGAUACACGGGAAAGCCAACUAUCACACAUCAAAGAUGAGCCACCUCCACUGUCCCCAGCUCCUCUUACGCCUGCCACACCCUCAUCCCUAGAUCCAUUCUUUUCUAGGGAGCCAUCUUCCAUGCAUAUCUCUUCAAAUCUGCCACCAGACACCCAGAAAUUCCUCCGAUUUGCAGAAACUCACCGCACAGUGCUUAAUCAGAUCUUGCGACAGUCUACCACUCACUUGGCUGAUGGGCCUUUUGCAGUAUUAGUUGACUACAUACGCAUCCUGGACUUUGAUGUGAAGAGGAAGUACUUCCGCCAAGAGUUAGAACGACUAGAUGAAGGUCUGAGGAAGGAGGACAUGGCUGUGCACGUGAGAAGAGAUCAUGUAUUUGAGGAUUCCUAUAGGGAGCUACAUCGCAAAAGCCCAGAGGACAUGAAGAAUAGACUGUACAUUGUGUUUGAAGGGGAGGAGGGCCAGGAUGCUGGCGGCCUACUGAGGGAAUGGUACAUGAUCAUAUCUCGGGAAAUGUUCAACCCCAUGUACGCCCUGUUCCGCACUUCACCAGGGGACCGGGUCACCUAUACCAUAAAUCCCUCAUCCCACUGCAACCCCAACCACCUCAGCUACUUCAAGUUUGUGGGUCGUGUUGUGGCCAAGGCAGUCUACGAUAACCGACUACUGGAGUGCUAUUUCACCCGCAGCUUCUACAAACAUAUUCUGGGCAAGAGUGUCAGGUACACGGACAUGGAAAGUGAAGAUUACCCGUUCUUCCAGGGUUUGGUGUACUUGUUGGAGAAUGAUGUGUCCACACUCGGAUACGAGUUGACGUUCAGCACAGAGGUCCAGGAGUUCGGAGUGUGUGAAGUGAGAGACCUCAAGCCAAAUGGAGCCAAUAUUCUUGUCACUGAGGAAAACAAAAAGGAGUAUGUGCAUCUGGUGUGUCAGAUGAAGAUGACAGGGGCAAUCCGCAAGCAGCUGGCAGCCUUCCUUGAAGGAUUCUAUGAGAUAAUCCCUAAAAGGCUCAUUUCCAUCUUCACUGAGCAGGAGCUGGAGCUUCUCAUCUCUGGCCUGCCUACGAUUGACAUCGACGACCUAAAGGCCAACACUGAAUAUCAUAAAUACCAGUCCAGUUCUAUCCAGAUCCAGUGGUUCUGGAGAGCCUUGCGGUCCUUCGAUCAGGCAGACCGGGCCAAGUUCCUACAGUUUGUCACUGGCACGUCGAAGGUUCCACUCCAGGGCUUUGCUGCUCUGGAGGGCAUGAAUGGCAUCCAGAAGUUCCAAAUCCACCGCGAUGACCGAUCAACCGACCGCCUGCCAUCUGCUCAUACUUGCUUUAACCAGCUGGAUCUUCCAGCCUACGAGAGCUACGAGAAGCUGAGACAUAUGCUGCUGUUGGCCAUCCAGGAAUGCUCAGAGGGAUUCGGACUGGCUUAAACCACAAGACUCUUUAACACACACACACACAAACACAGACAUGCAUACACCUAAUUUAGAUUUGCCUAUUCCUGACACAUUUACACCAAUAACCUCUGAACGCACGCACACACUAUUAUAAACAUUACUGGAUUACUUGUUGAAUGGCCUAGUCUUGCUGGUUUCUAUUCCAUAUAAAACAAAUGAAACCAGCAGAUGAAAUAGACUGAUUGAUAUUGCAUACAACACAGAGAGCCUCAUUUUGACAGUUGUCAAUUAAUGGCAAAUGCAAGCAAGGAUUCAGAGGUUUAAACAUGGACUAAUAUAAGAGAUGUUUUCUUCAUUUAGUUUGAUUUCUCUGUACAAAAGGUUUGGGAGUUUAUUAUGUUAAAUCUUUUUUGUUCUCUGGCUGUGUAAAAAGAAAAAAAAGAAUGUUGUUUGAACAGGAUGGUUAUAAAACCUUUGGGGAAAAAAUGUCAGUUUCCUGUUGCAAAUUUGUGAUCUCACAAGCCUUGACAAUGGGGGACAUUUCUAUGGGGGGGGGUUAUAUGGACAACUUGAACUUUGGAGUUUUGGUGAUAUUCACAAAAAUGCACUUUUCAAAAUUUUGUGGCAUUUUUAAGGAAGGAUGGUACAAAAAUGAAGAGACAAGUUGAAGGUGAUUUAAAAAAAAUAUAUAUAUAACCAUAAAUUCUAGAGUAUUUUUGGCUAUUAAAUCGCUGACCCAGACUUGAGCCUUUGAAUCAGAGUGAAAUAACUGACAUGAAUAAAUGCAUAAAAUUUCAUUUGUCUCUUUAACAUUGUUUUAACCUUUUUAUUUGCAGUGCAUUCAUUUCAUAUAAAUCAAAGCUCUGUUUCUAAUCCUAGUUAUUGGAUCGUUUUCAAUGAGUGAGCACUUGCAUUAAUUGUAGUAAUGAUUCUGAUAAACUGACAAUAACAAAA